AUGGGCCAAGAAAACCUCUCGUUCGUGCUCGAAAAGGCCGGAAGCGUCAAGUUCGAAGACCGACCCGUCCCAACCCUCAAAUCACCACACGAUGUCAUUGUGAACGUCAAGUUCACCGGAAUCUGCGGGAGCGAUGUCCACUACUGGGUGCAUGGCGAGAUCGGGCAGUUCAUCGUCAAGUCGCCAAUGGUGCUGGGCCAUGAGUCCAGUGGGAUUGUUUCUUCCGUUGGCGAGAGUGUAAAGAGCUUGAAAGUAGGCGAUCGAGUCGCCAUGGAGCCUGGCGUGCCCUGCAGACGUUGCGUGAGGUGUAAGGAUGGAAAGUACAAUCUUUGCCCGGACAUGCAAUUCGCAGCUACGCCUCCCUUUGAUGGCACCUUGGCGAAGUACUAUUCUCUGCCAGAAGACUUCUGCUACAAACUUCCAGAGUCUGUGUCACUCGAGGAAGGCGCUCUAGUGGAGCCAUUGGCCGUUGGUGUUCACAUUGUCGCGCGGCAAGCGAUUGUGACCCCCGGCGAGACUGUGGUCGUGUUUGGCAGCGGUCCUGUCGGUUUGCUGUGCUGUGCGGUAGCAAAGGCUUUUGGGGCCGCCAAAAUCGUCGCUGUUGAUAUCAACGAGGAGCGGCUCGCCUUCGCAGAGAAGUAUGCUGCCACACAUACCAUUGUCUCCCAAAGAGAGUCUGCGCAAGAUGCUGCGAAGCGAAUUAUCGAGACCUGUGAGCUURGCGCCGGUGCCGAUGUAGUCAUCGAUGCCAGCGGAGCGGAACCCUGCAUACAGACUUCCAUUCACGCUCUUCGAGUCGGCGGUCGCUAUGUACAAGGCGGAAUGGGCAAGUCCGACAUCAACUUCCCAAUUGGCGCCUUGUGCUCGAAGGAAAUCACCAUGAAGGGGUCCUUCCGAUAUGGAAGUGGAGACUACAAGCUUGCAGUGGAUCUGAUCACGAGCGGUCGCGUGGAUGUAAAGUCAUUAAUCACUGGAAAGGUGAAGUUCCAGGAUGCAGAGAAGGCCUUCACCGAGGUCAAGGCUGCGAAAGGGAUCAAGACACUAAUCGAGGGGGUCAAGGAUGAGUGA